GUCAUAAAAUGUGUCAUUUGACUAAACAAUAUUUUGAUCACAUUAAGGUGUUCUCUUUGUCUUGUACUCUUGUCUUGCUACACCUGGAUUAUGGCUAACAGCAUGAAAUGGCUGUGGGAAUACAGAAAGUAUGUGAUCAUCUUCAUGACCCCUUUUCUGAUCCUGCCUUUACCUCUUACUGUCAACACUUCGGAGGCUAAGUGUGGCUUUGUACUUAUCCUGAUGGCUGUGUACUGGUGUACAGAAUGUGUGCCACUGGCGGUAACUGCUCUUCUCCCUGUUUUCUUCUUCCCUAUGUUGCGCAUCAUGACGGCAAAACAGGUCUGUACCCAGUACUUCAGUGACAGCACCAUGCUGGGAGUCGGUGGAUUGACGGUGGCCAUAUCUGUAGAACACUGGAAUCUCCACAAACGUCUCGCCAUUGCCGUGCUUAUGGUAGUUGGGAUGAGGCCAGCGCUGUUGAUGCUGGGGUUCAUGAUCAUCACAGCCUUCAUCUCUAUGUGGAUCACUAACAUAGCCUCUACAGCUAUAAUGCUACCCAUCGUUCAUUCCAUGCUGGACCACCUCAUUAAGACCGAGGCAGAGGAGGAAGAAAGGGAGCAGUGUGGGGCCACUUUACAAGUGCACAAGAGCAAGGAUGGAUUUGGCAACAUAUCGGUGGAGCCAAGUCCUGAGGAACUGUUACAAGCUGAGCAGAGGAGGCUAAAGCGUGAGCAGAAGUAUCUGAGUUUCAAAAAAGGAAUGAGUUUGAGUGUUUGUUAUGCUGCCAGCAUUGGAGGCACAGCCACGCUCACCGGCUCUAUCCCCAAUCUCAUCCUCAAAGCCCAGAUUGACAAGAUAUUUCCAGAGAACGGAGAUGUGAUCAACUAUUCCUCCUGGUUUGGUUUUUUCUUCCCCAAUAUGGUGCUGAUGCUAAUCCUCUGUUGGCUAUUGCUGCAGUUCAUGUAUUUGGGCUUCAGGGUGAAAAACACAUUUGGUUGUGGAAUGACCAGAAGAAGCCAUGAUGAGCUGUAUCAGGUGAUGAGGCAUGAGCUCAGAAUGCUCGGCAGCAUGUGCUUUGCAGAGUACUGUGUGCUCAUUCUUUUCAUACUGCUGGUUCUGUUGUGGUUCACGAGGGAGCCAGGUUUCAUACCUGGUUGGGCCUCACUUCUCUUCAAUCAGGAAAAAAAGUUUGUGACAGAUAGCACAGUCUCCAUUUUAAUAACCUUUAUGUUUUUCAUAAUACCCUCCAAAUUUCCAAGAUGUUGGCAUGCUGGUUCUUUAGACAUAAGUGGUAGAAGUGAAGUGAAGAUUCCUGACACCCUGCUAGACUAUGAUGCAGUGGAAAAGCUGCUGCCCUGGAACAUCCUGCUGCUGUUGGGUGGAGCUAUGGCACUUGCUAAAGGCAGUGAGGUCUCCAACCUUUCCUUUUGGCUUGGACAAAAUCUCCUACCUCUGGGGAACAUCCCUCCCGUAGCUCUCUCCUUUGUGCUCUGCAUUAUAGUGACCAUGCUCACUGAAGUCUGCAACAAUGCUGUAGUCAGCACUGUUUUCCUGCCUAUUCUAGCCUCCAUGGCAAAUGCUCUUAAGAUACAUCCACUCUCCCUCAUGCUGCCCACCACCAUCAGCUCCUCAUUUGCCUUCAUGCUCCCAGUGGCCACACCACCCAAUGCCAUUACAUUUAACUACGCCAAUCUCAAAAUCAUGGACAUGGUAAAGCCUGGACUAGUACUGAACCUGCUGGGGGUAGUCUGCAUUAACUUCGCUACCCAAACCUGGGGAUCUGCAAUGUUCCGUUUGAACGAGUUCCCUGCAUGGGCUAAUAUCAGUACCGGGACAGAACUGAUCUGAACACUUCUUCCGACUUCUACCAGCCUAGCCGUGUGCACAGGAGAAGAACAACAUAGAAGAAUAGAAAAAUCCACUAAGUAGAACAACAUAGAAAGGACAAAUGAUCAAAGCUGUGAACUACAACCGGGAUGGAUUCCAAAGGUGGAAAAAGCACAAUUCUUCAGGUUUAAUAAGUUGAAGCCUAUUUUGUAGGAAGAAGGAUUUGGGAUUUGGGAAAGGAUUUUUAUGGCCAUUCAUUUCUUCACAUGCUACAUACUGUACCACACCAGCAUAUUAACACCACUAGCCUGUACCAUUUACACACAGAAGAAUACUGUAGCUCUGGAGACCAUUGGAGAUGCUUUUUCUUUAACUGAUUUAGCUGGUACUCAAAAUGAUCUUUAUAGAAUAUUAUAGUCUGUUAUAGACUAUUAGAAUAUCUGAAAUGAUAUUCUGCACUGCAA